UCGAAUCUCUUUCUUUCUGUGUCUCUUUCCCCUAACCGCGCGAAACACGUCAAUUUCUCUUCAAACCACAAAAACGCAGUGUUUGAACAAAACUGCUUUCUCUAUAUAUACCCAAACAAUCUCAACCCUCUCUAACCCUCUAACCCUAUCUCUUUCUCUCUAUAUAUAUCUCAUUUCUCUUCCCACCACACGUUUAAACCUCUGGGCUUGGCAAAGUUUAGGCCUUUUCACCCAUUCAGAUGGCCAUUCCCUACCCCCAUUUCAUCGCCACCGAGAAGGCCGCCAUGGACGCCGGCCUUCUCCUCCCCUCCUCCUCCUCCUCCUCCCGCUCCCCCUCCGUCAUAUUCACCCAAGAUGACCUCAAGAAGAUCGCCGCCUACAAGGCCGUCGAGUACGUCGAAUCCGGCAUGGUUCUCGGCCUUGGCACUGGCUCCACCGCCAAGCACGCCGUCGACCGAAUCGGCGAGCUUCUCCGCCAGGGCAAGCUCAAAGACAUCGUUGGAAUACCCACCUCCAAGAUAACCCACGAACAGGCACUCUCCCUCGGGAUCCCCCUGUCCGAUCUCGAUUCCCACCCUGUUGUCGAUCUGGCCAUCGACGGCGCCGACGAGGUUGACCCAUUUCUCAACCUCGUUAAGGGUCGCGGUGGCUCCCUCCUGAGGGAGAAGAUGGUGGAGAGCGCGUGCAAGAAGUUUAUUGUCAUUGUUGAUGAGUCCAAGCUUGUGAACUAUGUUGGGGGGAGUGGAUUGGCCAUGCCCGUUGAGGUUAUUCGGUUUUGUUGGAAGUUCACUGCGGAGAGGUUGCGCAAGCUGUUUGAGGAGGCUGGGUGUGUUGCCAAGCUUAGGACUUUUGGGGAGAACGAGGAGCCCUAUGUCACCGACAAUGGGAACUUCAUUGUGGAUUUGUAUUUCGAGAGGAGUAUUGGGGAUUUGAAGGCUGCCAGUGAGGCAAUUCUGCAGCUUGCUGGGGUGGUGGAGCAUGGCAUGUUUCUAGAUAUGGCUACCACGGUUAUUGUGGCAGGGGAGCUGGGCUUGACGGUGAAGAAUAAAUAGUUUUUGAGGCUUUGGAAAAGAGGUGGUUAGGAGAAUGAAGGUAGGUUAAUUGGUCAAGGUUGAGCUUUGACAUGGGGUUCUAACUAAUUGUAUGGUGUAGUAGUGGAGUUUUCUAUUCAGGGUAAUGGGGGGUUUAAUGAAAUCCUUUUGUUAUUGAAUACAAAUGUUAGAGAAAGUUUCUUAAUACUCGGUAGUUUUGUUUGUUUUUUUUUUUUAGGGUGGGAUUAGUUUGAACAAGCAGAGAGACCAUGGAGACUUGUUGGACAGCUGAUCAUUAGGAUAUUAAUCUCAUGCAAUGGCUGUUGUGUGGUAUUGAAUCAAUUGUCCACACAAUUUGUUAUUGAAUUGACAUGUUUAACAAAUUGAAUCUAUCUAAUUUAAUUUUUCUAUUUUUUUCCCUUUGCCUAGAUAUUAUUGAAUUGUACAAUUAUAGUGUGGUGCCUAUUUGUGAUGUACCAUGUUUGUGUUCAUUAGUAUGCAGUGCCUAUUUGUUUUAUGGCAUGCUUCGGUCGAUGUGUGUUUGGUUUCAUGAUUCAGAUGAAAUUUUCAGAGGCUUAUAGUUCGGGCCUCCACAUUUUGAACAUAAUUCAAUUCUUAAUGGAUUUUCAAUUCAAGCACACCAGUCAUUUGGAUUUGUGUCAACCUGUAAUCAAAUAUUGGUUGCUUCAGUGUGUAUUUUGGGGAAUUGUGUCGCACACUGAACCAAACACAGGGUUAUAAUUGCGUAGAAUUAACUUUCAACUAAUCUACCUUGGAUGUGUGUGCAAAUUAAUAUUAACUGCAGAUUUUUAUUGAAAGUAAUUGCUAGCUGAAAGCCGAGGGGAGUUUUGAAGGCCAUUAUACUCUGUUCAAGGGAAUUUUUACACCUGAGACUGUCAUGUAAAAGGAGAAGUGGAUAUGUGUUGGAACCCAGCAAUAGACCUUUUACGCUUAGAAAGAGGAUAUGUGUUGGAUUAGUGUUAUGUUGGGCGGCUCGGAAACUUGACAAAAGUACAAACACACUUAAUUAUUGUAUUGUUGCACAAUUACUUUCUCUUCUAUUGUUAUUGUGUAUCUCAAAUUCUCAUUUUAGAAAUUGUUUUUAGCUAGUUGCAUCCAUUCAUUUAAUAACUCAUUGGACUUGAAUAACCUGAUUUGUAAUUGACGUCUGUAUCUGCAAUCUGACUGGAGGUACUCUUAUUAA